AUGGAGCUCGCCCACCACUUCAAGGCUUCGCAGACGCGCUUCGUAAUUGCAGAACCCGAACUCCUGGGUCCGCUUGGCGCCGCGCUGAAGGAAGCAAAAAUCCCCGAGACCAACCUGCGCAUCUUCAACACCCAGCCGGACCAAAAGGUGGCCACUGGCAUGCGCUCGUGGACGGAUCUGCUCGCCGCGGGCGAAGAGGACUGGGUGCGGUUUGACGACCUGAAAAUGUCGAGUGAGACAACUGCUGCCAGACUAUUCAGCAGUGGGACGACCGGAUUGCCCAAGGCCGUGUCUAUCACGCAUCGCAAUCUGAUCGCGCAGCACCAUUUGGUCUUUGAGAUCCACCCGCGACCUCAUCAGGUAUCUCGCAUCGUCGCCAUCCCCAUCUUCCACGCCGCCGCCGCGCCGUCCACGCAUUUCAGCGCCCUCAAAGCCGGCCACCGCAUCUACAUGAUGCGCCGCUUCGACCUGCCACUUUUCCUGAGCACGACGCAAGAGUACCAAAUUACGGACCUCGCCGUGGUGCCGCCAAUCGUCAUCGCCAUCCUGAUGACCCCCAUCUCGCACAAGCAGCCCUGGUUGAAAUCCAUCCGAGCGGCAUCCGUCGGCGCCGCCCCUCUCGACAAAGACGCGCAGGCAAAAUUCCGGGCCCUCAUGGGCGACGGCGCGCCCUGCACGCAGGUCUGGGGCAUGACCGAGACAUGCUGUAUCGCGACAAUGUUCCCCUACCCCGAGCAGGACGAUACCGGGAGUGUUGGGCGACUGAUUCCCAAUCUCGAGGCGAAGCUGGUUGACGACGCAGGGAACAACAUCUCCGCCUUCGGCAUCCGCGGCGAGCUGUGCGUGCGUGGUCCCACCGUUACACCGGGCUACUUCAACAACCCGCAGGCAAACGCGGAGUCCUUCGACCGUGAUGGCUGGUUCCACACCGGUGACAUAGCGUACUGUGACGAGGCUACCAAGAAGUGGUACAUUGUCGACCGCAAGAAGGAACUGAUCAAGGUACGCGGGUUCCAGGUCGCGCCGCCGGAGCUCGAGGCGGUCCUGCUGGCGCACCCGCAGAUCAUCGACGCCGCGGUCAUCGGCCUGCGCGGCGUGCUGCCGGACAGCGAGCUGCCGCGGGCGUAUGUGGUUCGGCGGCCGGGCUCGGGCGACGGCUUGACUGAGAAGGAGGUGCAGCAGUACAUGGGCGAGCGGCUGGCCAAGUACAAGGCGCUGACGGGGGGUGUGAAGUUUGUGUCUGCGAUACCGAAGAAUGCUAGUGGGAAGAUCCUUAAGAGGGUGCUGAGGGAGGAGAGCCAGAAAGAGAUUGAGGCAAGUAUGAGACCGAAGCUGUGA